UUUUGUAACGGCAUUGAUUAAUCCAGAUUUAGCUAAUUGUGACUCAUUCUUAAUCAACCAUAGUACUGCAUACAGUUUGGCAGCAUUGGCAAGUUGGAUUGAAUAUGUUGUAGAGUUCAUAUAUUUUGCAAGUAUCAAAAAUAUGUCAUUCUUUUUAAUCACUGGGUCUAUAAUAUGCAUUAUUGGGGAUUUAAUUCGUAAAACCGCUAUGUUUACAGCUGGUAAGAGUUUUAAUCACUUGAUUCAGUAUUCUCCAUCAAAUAGCCAUGUAUUAGUGACCAAAGGGAUAUAUCGGAUAUGUAGACAUCCUUCAUAUCUUGGAUGGUUUUUAUGGUGUCUUGGCACUCAAAUAUUACUCUGCAACCCUGUAUGCUUUGUUGGUUACCUCAUUACCUCAUGGAGAUUUUUCAACCAAAGGAUAAUGGAAGAAGAAUAUCAUUUGAUAAAGUUUUUUGGAUCAUCUUACAUAGAAUAUAAGUAUCAAGUUGCUUCUGGUCUACCAUUAAUUAGCGGAUAUCCUAUAGAUCCCGAUUUUAAAUUAGAAUAAUUUCUGUAUUACCUUCUUAUAUACAAACACCUUUUUUAUGUAUUGCUACACCUAUUUGGUCAACACAUUUUAUGGUGAUUA